AUGGACAGGCAGCAGAGAUAUGAACCCACUGCAACAAUCAUGCACUCUUCUUCCAUUGCCUUGCUCCAGGAAAGGUUCCGGCAGCUAGAGCGAGCCAGGGAGAUGAGGCAACAACGUGAGCUCUUCAGGUUCUUCGCUGAAGCAGAGCAGCAGGUGAAACCAGUAGCCACCGCCACGGUUGUUUACGAGCCACCGAACAACUUUUCUCACCCUGAGCUUCUCUUUCCAUCUAAGCAGCAGCUAUUGAUUUCAUCUCAGAAACCAAUGAAGGGACAAUGUCACUUUGAUCUUCAAGUCAGAGAGAUCCCAGAUUUGGCAAAUCUGCGCUCUGCAAAUCUCCUGAUGAUGCAAACUCAAUACAACUACUUUGAUGAAUCAGAAGUUGAUACCUCUCUUCAUCUCUGA